GCCAAAACAAGGUCCAGAAAGCUGAAUAAAAAAAAGCUGAAAGCCAUUGGAAUAAAGCAAAGAAAUGGUUUAAAACGUUUAAAACACUCACAAUAAAAUGACCUUUCCAAAUCUGCAUUAGGUUUUUUUUUAAUCUACUGCGACUAAGAUUUUAGAGCUAUUUUUCCAUGGGGAAAUUCAUUCGAUUCCACGCUUUAUGUUGGAAUUCACAUGAUAUUCUCCAUGAUAUAAAAAAAAACUUGAUUACUGUCCAUGACGUCAUCAGUUGUUGAAGUUCCAGACAAAUUGUCCGACCCGGCAAACGAAGAAAUUGUUUAAACUGCAAAAGAAUCCCAAUGGGUAAGGUUCUGUUGGAAGUUUGUGUGGAUUCCGUUGAAUCUGCCAAGGAAGCUGCGAAAGGAGGGGCGGGAAGGAUUGAAUUAUGUUCAGCUCUGAGUGAAGGUGGCUUGACACCAACAGUUGGACUUCUGAAAAUUGUUAAACGCACUAUUGAGCCUAAAAUUCCUGUUUUCGUCAUGCUGCGUCCUCGACGAGCUGACUUCUGCUUCAGUCCUGAAGAAAUUGAAGUGAUUCUGCUGGAUAUGGAAGUAUUGAGAGAAAAUGGAGCGGAUGGUUUUGUCUUUGGCGCUCUUACGGCUGAGGGAUCAAUUGAUGUGAUCAAUUGCAGGAGGGUCAUAGAAGCUGCUGGGAAUCUUCCGGUGACUUUCCAUCGAGCUUUUGAUGUGACAAAUGAAGUGGACUCUGAGAAAACAUGUACUGAAAUUGCUGAUCUUGGUUUCAAGAGGCUCCUCACAAGUGGCUUUCAAGCUUCAGCGGAAGCUGGUUUGAAGCAGAUCAAAAAGCUCAAUGAGAUGUUUCAUGAGCGGUUGAUCAUCAUGCCUGGAGCUGGGAUUAAUGAGAGAAAUGUUAAGAAAAUUGCCGAUGAAUGCAAAUGCAGGGAAAUCCAUGCUUCCGCGAGAAUUCCAAAGAAUCAAUUGACAACCUCGGGGAUCUCCAUGGGAGGAGGAACUGCUGAUCUACAACCUCUAAUGGUCACCAGCUCUGGAGUUGUUGGAAAAAUGAUAGAAAUUCUGGGAAUGUGAUUUGUAGAUAUAUUUUUUUCCUCAUUUUCUCUUGGAUUGUGUUAGGUCAUUACAAAAUUUGUUAAACUACCAUAAAUUGAUAAAUUUUUUUUCAUCUUC